UCCUGCCAGGUGCUUUGGCUGGCCUGAUUGACAUUGCUGCUGAUUGGAUGAACGACCUGAAGGAGGGCGUGUGUCUGAGCGCCAUGUGGUUAAACCGCGAGCAGUGCUGCUGGACGUCCAAUGAGACCACCUUCGCUGAGCGGGACAAGUGUCCUCAGUGGAAGAGCUGGGCUGAGCUAAUACUGGGGCAGGCAGAGGGGCCCGGCUCGUACAUCAUGAACUACUUCAUGUACACUUACUGGGCGCUGUCCUUCGCCACCCUGGCCGUCUGUCUGGUCAAAGUGUUCGCUCCCUACGCCUGCGGCUCGGGGAUCCCUGAGAUAAAGAUAUUCCUCAGUGGGUUUAUUAUCGGGGCUACCUGGGAAAGUGGACCCUGUUGAUAAAGACCGUCACUCUGGUGCUGGCUGGCGUCGGGGCUCAGCCUGGGGAAGGACCGCUGGUGCACGUGGCCUGCUGCUGCGGGAACAUCUUCUCCUACCUCUUCCCCAAGUUACAGCAAGAACGAGGGCAAAGAAACGAGAGGUUCUCUCUGCUGCGUCGGCGGCCGGGGUGUCUGUGCUUUUGCGAGCCCCGUUGGAGGA